AUGGUGCGUGAGUCAUACGGUAGCCCCACUGGCCUCACACACACCAGCCAGCCAGCCCCCACUCCUGCGCCAACACCUCGGCCAGUCCUAGAGCUGCUGCUCUCCGCAUCGCCUCAUUUAGGGAGGGGUGCAGCUGGCUGCAAGAGUUGCAAUCGACCAGGGCAGUACGGUUCUGUACAGCUGGCAAUCCCAGCAUUGCCUGUUUGUCAUCUGAACGGCCACGACCUGGGAGUGCAGGAGCGGAACAUGCCCCGAUCAACGCAAGAGCUGGACCUGAAGCACCAGCUGCGGACUCAUCAAAACUGGUGGAGGUGUACCAGGUAG